GGUGCCCGCGCGCGCCGCCCGACCGCACCAUGCUCAAGUGCAUCCCGCUGUGGCGCUGCAACCGGCACGUGGAGUCGGUGGACAAGCGGCACUGCUCGCUGCAGACUGUGCCCGAGGAGAUCUACCGCUAUAGCCGCAGCCUGGAGGAGCUGCUGCUGGACGCCAACCAGCUGCGCGAGCUGCCCAAGCCCUUCUUCCGGCUACUGAACCUGCGCAAGCUAGGCCUCAGCGACAACGAGAUCCAGCGGCUGCCCCCUGAAGUAGCCAACUUUAUGCAGCUAGUGGAGCUGGAUGUGUCCCGGAAUGAUAUUCCAGAGAUACCCGAGAGCAUCAAGUUCUGUAAGGCUCUGGAGAUUGCCGACUUCAGUGGGAACCCCUUGUCUAGGCUCCCUGAUGGAUUCACACAACUGCGCAGCCUGGCUCAUCUGGCCCUGAAUGACGUGUCCUUGCAGGCCCUGCCUGGGGAUGUGGGCAACCUGGCCAAUUUGGUGACCCUAGAACUCCGGGAGAACCUACUGAAGUCUCUGCCCGCGUCCUUGUCUUUCCUGGUCAAGCUGGAACAGCUGGAUCUGGGAGGCAACGAACUGGAAGUGCUGCCUGAUACUCUGGGGGCUCUACCUAACCUGCGGGAGUUGUGGCUAGACCGGAACCAGCUGUCGUCUCUGCCCCCGGAGCUCGGCAACCUGAGGCGCCUGGUGUGCCUGGACGUUUCAGAGAACCGGCUGGAGGAGCUGCCCGUGGAGCUGGGGGGACUAGCGCUGCUCACAGACCUGCUUCUUUCCCAGAAUUUGCUGCAGCGGCUGCCAGAUGGCAUCGGUCAGCUGAAGCAGCUGUCUAUCCUGAAGGUGGACCAGAACCGGCUGUGUGAGGUGACUGAGGCCAUUGGGGACUGCGAGAACCUCUCUGAACUGAUCCUCACAGAGAACCUGCUAACGGCUCUACCCAGCUCUCUGGGCAAGCUGACCAAACUGACUAACCUUAAUGUGGACCGGAAUCACCUUGAAGUGCUGCCACCUGAGAUUGGUGGCUGUGUGGCCCUCAGUGUACUCUCCUUGAGGGACAACCGUCUGGCCGUCCUGCCCCCCGAGCUUGCGCACACAGCUGAGCUGCACGUGCUUGAUGUGGCUGGGAACCGGCUGCGGAGUCUGCCGUUCGCUCUUACGCACCUCAACCUCAAGGCACUAUGGCUGGCUGAGAACCAGGCACAGCCCAUGCUCCGCUUCCAGACUGAGGAUGAUGCCCAGACUGGCGAGAAGGUGCUCACCUGCUACCUGCUACCCCAGCAGCCGCUGCCCAGCUCUGAGGACCCUGGGCAGCAGGGCAGCCCUUCGGAGAGCUGCAGUGAUGCCCCUGUGAGCCGGGUCAGUGUCAUCCAGUUCGUGGAGGUCUCGGGCGGUGAGGACGCUGAAGAGGCUGCUGCUGAGAAGCGGGGCCUGCAGCGUCGGGCCACACCCCACCCCAGCGAGCUCAAAGUGAUGAAGAAAGGCAUUGAGGAGCGCCGCAGUGAGCCCUAUACCUGCAAGCCUGACCCUGAGCCACCCUCACCCUCAGAGGAGGACAAACGGCUGAGUACGGAGUCUGGCUUGAGUGGAGGUUCUGGCCCAUCUGCAAGCACAGCCUCAGAGGGUGAGCCUGAGGUCCAUCUGGCUGAGGCACAGGGGCUAGGCCAGCAAGAGGCCACACCUGGCCAUGAGGAAGAGACAGAGGAGGACUAUGAUGAGCCCACAGUACACUUCGCGGAAGACACGCUGCUGCCAAGGGAAGAUGGCGAGAGUGAAGAGGGGCAGCCUGAAACCCCCUGGCCCUUCCCCAGUGGCCGACAGAGACUUAUCCGCAAGGACACACCUCACUACAAGAAGCACUUCAAGAUCUCUAAGCUCCCACAGCCUGAGGCUGUUGUGGCCCUGCUGCAAGGGGUGCAGCCAGACGGGGAGGGUCCCCUGGGCUCUGGGGGCUGGCACAAUGGCCCGCACAUGCCCUGGGCGCCUCGGGCCCAGGAGGAAGAGGAGGAAGAAGAGGAGAACAGAGUGGAGGAAGGAGGCGAAGCCACUGCAGAAGAAGACGAUGAUGAUGACAAGGAAGAUGCGGUGGCUUCUGCUCCCUCUGUCAAGGGGGUGUCGUUUGACCAGGCCAAUAACCUGCUGAUAGAGCCUGCUCGCAUUGAGGAGGAAGAGCUGACACUCACCAUCGUGCGGCAGACGGGGGGCCUGGGCAUCAGCAUCGCAGGGGGCAAGGGCUCUACCCCCUACAAGGGAGAUGAUGAGGGCAUUUUUAUCUCUCGGGUGUCUGAGGAGGGCCCUGCAGCCCGUGCUGGAGUCCGAGUGGGUGACAAACUCCUUGAGGUAAAUGGUGUGGCCUUGCAAGAUGCUGAGCACCAUGAAGCUGUGGGGGCACUUCGAGGGGCCGGGGCUGCUGUGCAGAUGCGAGUAUGGAGGGAAAGGAUGGUGGAGCCCGAGAACGCGGUCACCGUCACACCUCUGAGGCCUGAGGAUGAUUACAGUCCCCGGGAAUGGCGAGGAGGUGGCCUGCGCCUGCCCCUGCUUCAGCCAGAGACCCCUGGUCUCCUCCGCCAGCGCCAUGCAGCCUGCCUUGUGCGCAGUGACAAGGGGCUGGGCUUCAGCAUUGCUGGUGGAAAAGGAUCUACACCCUACCGGGCUGGUGAUGCAGGCAUCUUCAUCUCCCGCAUUGUGGAGGGGGGUGCCGCCCACCGGGCAGGCUCUCUGCAGGUCGGCGACCGCGUCCUCUCAAUCAAUGGAGUGGACAUGACUGAGGCGAGGCAUGACCAUGCUGUCUCCCUGUUGACUGCUGCCUCCCCCACCAUCUCCCUGCUACUGGAAAGGGAGACCGGGGGGUGCCUCCUGCCUAGCUCCCCGCCACAUUCUGCCCCAACUCCCACUGCCACUGUUGCUGCUACCAUGACCACUGCCACUCCUGGGGAGCCUGGGCUGCCCAGGCUGGGCCCCAGCUUCCUAGCCACUGCCUUGGAAGGACCCUACCCUGUGGAGGAGGUCUGUCUGCCCAGGGCUGGGGGUCCUCUAGGACUUAGCAUUGUAGGGGGCUCCGACCACUCCAGCCACCCAUUUGGUGUACAGGAGCCUGGUGUGUUCAUCUCCAAGGUGCUCCCGCGGGGCCUGGCUGCUCGCUGCGGCCUUCGGGUUGGGGACCGCAUCCUAGCAGUGAAUGGGCAGGAUGUCCGAGAGGCCACACACCAAGAGGCUGUCAGCGCCCUGCUCCGGCCUUGCUUAGAGCUAUCUCUGCUUGUGCGGAGGGACCCGCCACCUCCAGGCAUGCGAGAACUCUGCAUCCAGAAGGCCCCUGGGGAGAAGCUGGGCAUCAGCAUCAGAGGAGGUGCCAAGGGCCAUGCAGGGAACCCCUGUGAUCCCACAGAUGAGGGAAUCUUCAUCUCCAAGGUGAGCCCUACAGGGGCGGCUGGGCGUGAUGGCCGCCUGCGUGUGGGGCUGCGGCUGCUGGAGGUGAACCAACAAAGUCUACUGGGCCUCACACAUGCUGAGGCUGUACAAUUGCUACGCAGUGUGGGUGACACCCUUACUGUGCUUGUCUGCGAUGGCUUUGACACCAGCAUCACCACAGCUCUGGAGGUGUCCCCAGGUGUCAUUGCCAACCCUUUUGCAGCAGGCCUAGGCCAUCGGAACAGCCUGGAAAGCAUCUCAUCCAUCGACCGGGAGCUGAGCCCUGAAGGCCCAGGCAAGGAGAAAGAGCUGGCUGGUCAGCCCCAGCCCUGGGGGCCUGAGCCUUCAGAGGCCAUGGGCCGGAAUCUGGAGCCCCUGAAGCUGGACUACCGUGCUCUGGCUGCUGUGCCCAGUGCUGGCAGCAUGCAGAGAGGACUAUCUGGAGCUACUGGAGGGAAGAUGGCUGAAUCCCCCUCCUCCCCUGGCAGCCAGCAGACAAAACCCGGGGUGAUCCAGCCAUUGGCUCAGGCCUGGCCAGGGGGCUCCCCGGCCCCCAGGGGCAGAGGUGAUCCCUGCUCCCCUCCCUCCCCAGAUGAAUUACCCACCAAUGUGAAGCAGGCCUACAGAGCUUUCGCAGCUGUGCCCACUGUGCAUCCACCUGAGAGUGCCACCCAGCCCCCCACACCUGGUCCCACAGCCUCCCCGGAGCAGCUAUCCUUCCGGGAACGGCAGAAGUAUUUUGAGCUGGAGGUGCGAGUGCCCCAGGCAGAAGGCCCUCCCAAACGGGUGUCCCUGGUGGGUGCUGACGACCUGCGGAAGAUGCAGGAGGAGGAAGCCCGCAAGCUGCAGCAGAAGCGGGCACAGGUGCUGCUGGAGGAGGCAGGGGCCUCCGCCCCUGACGACGUGGGCCUCUCCUUGGACAAGGAGCUCCCUGAUGAGGAGGAGCAAAAGGAUGAGCGGCCCUGGGCUGCACCAGGCCAUGCUGGAGGGCCCAGCCCCUCAUCACCCUUGCCCCUGGGAGGUGGUGCCCCAGUUCGGACAGCCAAAGCCGAGCGACGCCAUCAGGAAAGGCUACGCAUGCAGAGCCCCGAGCUCCCUGUCCCUGAGCGGGCACUAUCCCCUGCAGAGCGUAGGGCCCUGGAGGCAGAGAAGCGAGCACUGUGGAGGGCUGCCAGGAUGAAGAGUCUGGAGCAGGAUGCUCUCCGUGCACAGAUGGUCCUCAGCAAGUCCCAGGAGGGCCGCAGCAAGCGAGGGCCACUGGAGCGGCUGGCCGAAGCCCCUUCACCCUCACCUACCCCACCACCCACUCCCUUAGAAGACCUUGGCCUCCAGACCAGCACCUCCCCUGGACGCCUGCCCUUUUCUGGAAAGAAGUUUGACUACAGGGCAUUUGCAGCCCUGCCUUCUUCCAGACCUGUCUAUGACAUCCAGUCACCAGACUUCGUGGAGGAACUGAGGUCCUUGGAACCUUCUCCCAGCCCUGGCCCUCAUGAGGAGGAUGGAGAGGUGGCUCUGGUGCUCCUGGGCCAGCCCUCACCUGGCGCUGUGGGCCCUGACGACGUGACCCUGUGCAGCAGCCGUCGGGCCAUGCGGCCAGGGCGCCGGGGCCUGGGCCCUGUGCCCUCCUAGGGGUGGGGGCCCUGCCAGCUCCAUCAGCACCCUUGCCCUGAGUCUUUUAGCCUGGGUGUUAGCAUUUUAAAAGAGACCCCCUUCAGGAGUUCUGGCCUCUGACUAACUGCCCCUGUAGCCAGGAUCUCUUGGCAAGACUGUAACUAGUGAUGUUUGUACAACCAAAGACUCUAUUUUGUGGUUUAAGGAGAAUAAAGUUGACUACAUUUUA